AUGGACAUCGCAGUCCAGCGCAGCCAAGCUGGCGUCGACGAAAAGACAGCAGCACAUUCAUCUUUCAACGACAAUGCAGCGAGUGAUUUUAGCCACCGGGAGGUGGCUGGGCGAGACUCCAAUGAGGAGGACAUCGAAGGCGAAGUGAAGGUGCCAAUGACCUUUCGUCGGUUCAUGGGUUUCACCGCAAUGGCGUUCCUAUGGACUGGAAGUCAGAUUCCAGUCUACUUAUUCGGGGGUAUCCCGCCUUAUAUUUAUCGAGAGAUUGGUGGGGCAGAUAGAUGGGUCUGGUUUGUCCUGGCGAAUCUUCUUGCUCUCGCUGGCGUCUGUCCUUUCGUCGGAUCGCUGUCGGAUCUGAUCGGUCGUCGAUAUGUUGCCAUCAUUGGAGCCUCGCUCAUCUGCGUUGGUAUGAUCGUGAGCAGUACAGCCAACACGAUGAAUACAUUUAUUGCCGGAAUGGCAAUUGCAGGGGCAGGAGCAGGUGUCAACGAACUCACUGCGCUGGCUGCGACCUCUGAAAUGGCACCCACGCGACAGAGGGGCAAAUAUGUGGCGGUGUUGAUUUUCACCAUCUUACCAUUCUGUCCCUCGGUGCUCUGGGCCCAGCUCAUUGCAGCACACAGCAGCUGGAGAUACGUCGGCGCAUUCUGCGGAGCGUGGAAUGGAUUUGGGUUGCUGGCCACAGCGCUCUUUUACUUCCCACCACCUCGAGUAAACUCCGAGGGAUUGAGCAAGGCAGAAGUCAUCCGUCGUAUUGACUUUGUCGGCGGAUUCCUCAGCAUUUCCGGUCUCAUAGUCUUCUUGGCUGGCUUACAAUGGGGUGGUUACAUGUACAGCUGGAAAACCGCUCAUGUCCUCGUCCCGCUUAUCCUCGGUUUCGUACUCCUCGUCCUCUUCGCUGUCUGGGAAGUCUACGGCGCGAAGUAUCCCAUCUUCCCAAGUCGCUUGAAGCAAGAACCCUGGACCUUGGGUUUGACGCUAGUUAUCACCUUCAUUUCCGGAGCGAACUUCUUCUCCGUCCUCAUGUUCUGGCCUACACAGUCGUUCAACGUCUACGGCCACGACCCCGUUGACGUGGGUGUUCGCAGUAUCCCCAUCGGCUUUGCCAUCCUGAUCGGUGCAUGCAUCGUGCUAUGGCUGCUGAGUGUGCUUCGUGGUCAUAACAAGGAGCUUCUGAUCCUGAGCAGCGUUCUUAUGACAGCAGGCUGCGGCGCCCUCUCCAUUGGCCGAGUCGACAACCUCUACCAAUUAUGGGGUAUUCUUGUCCUUGCAGGCCUAGGAAUCGGCGGCAUCGUCGUUCCAGCAUCCAUCAUGACAACCAUCAUCUGUCCAGAUGACCUAAUCGCCACCAUCUCUGCCCUCACCCUCUCCAUCCGCGUCGUCGGCGGCGGCAUCGGCUACACAAUUUACUACAACAUUUUCAUAUCCAAGUUCGUGCCCAACGCCGAGCACUACAUCGGCGGCGUCAUGAUGACGCAGCUCAACAUCACCAACCCACAAUACAUCGCCGAAGCGAUCCAGCUGACGGGCGCAUCGCUCCUCGACGAGCUCGACGCGAUCCCCGGCAUCGCCGGCAACCCCGCGGCGUACGAGGCGGUCGUGACGGCCGGUCAGAUAGCAUUCGCAGAGAGCUACAAGUGGGUGUACUAUGCCAGCAUCGGGUUCGGCGGGGUGGCGAUCCUGGCGGCGUGCUUUCUGGGGGAUGUGCGGCGGUAUAUGAACGAUCAUGUGGCGGUGGUGAUGCAUUGA